AUGGCUUCCUCUGCUGGUGCAAAGCACGUCAUUGCGAUAACAACUGCUACUGGCGUGGCUGUUUGUUUUACUUGUUUUGUGUUGCACGCUGCUGGCGCAAAUAUUCUAUCAAGUUCAAAACGUUGUCGUUGGUGCGCGUGUAAACCAAGAAAGCCCAAGACUGGGGGUCCACGAAAGGAAUUCUUUCGUUUAAUCUUACUUGAAAUCAAAGAAAAAUAUUUUGAUGAUGGGCUUCGUGAUCUCUUGGCAGAAGAGUAUAUUACCAUUGGAAUGAUAAUGAUCUCUAUAAAUACAGGGCGCUAAUGCAGCAUGUACUGCAUGGGCAGCAAAAGUUUUUUGUUGACGAAGGAUACAA